ACUGCCGAGCGACCGGUGCGCUCUGUUGGCGGCAGAUUCAAAGGUUGGAGCUGGGGUUUUGGGGCUUGAAGUAGUCUCGGAGUGGCCGGGUAGUUUUGGCUGCUUCGGCGGGCGUGAUUUCGUGCGCUGUGCGGGGGAAUCUCGGAAGCCACGACAGCUGGUGCCUGAGGGAGAGGAUGGCUCUCUCGACCACAGUCCCUCGGAGGAAGCAGAUAAAGCGGAGAGCUCCUCGCGGCUUCCUAAAGCGCGUCUUCAAGCGGCAGAAGCCUCAGCUUCGUCUGGAGACGAGGGGCGACCUACUGGUACACCUGAAUUGUUUACUGUUUCUUCACCGAUUAGCAGAAGAGUCUAGGAAAAAUGCAUGUGAGAAUAAAUGUGGAGCCAUUAAAAAGGAGCAUGUCCUGGCUGCAGCAAAGGUAACUCUAAAGAAGAGCAGAGGUUAGAAGCCAGCGAACACGUUCAUGAAAACCAUAUGACGCAUUAUUUUAGGUGGUAAUAGGUGUGAGAGCACUUUUCGCAUGUAUCUUAAUUUUGUGGAUUAUUAAAAUAAUAUUAACUGGUU